AUGGAUUCUGAAAACUAUGAUUUGGAUGAGUUUUUGACAUCCAUUUCCUUUGAUUUUUUAUAUGAUUCGAACCCCAACAACCCUUCAGUUUCCAUAUAUGAAUUGGAUUCUCUGCAUGAACCUCAAUUGUCACCAUCAGAUAUGGAUCAUAAUAAUGGUUUGGUUUCGAAGUGUAACGGUUCUACGAAAUGCUUCACUGACCAAGACCCAUUUUUUGAUCCAUUGGAGGAACAAGUGUUAUAUGAAUCAGCAUUGACCUCAUCGUGCAUAACGAACAAUUCAAUGGAAAAUCAACAUUCUAAUCAAGUGAUUAUGGCAGAAGAGUUCUUGGACUUCAAUUCAGUGGACGAUAUUUGCCAAUGGUUUGAUCCGUCACAAGAGGAUAAUAACUCAAACACCUUUGUAGAACCAAUGCAAUGUGAUGCUACUUCUUUUUCUUGGAAAUCAGUUAUGGAUAGCUAUGAGAAUUGUCUAUUAGGAAGCAAGGAACCCGAGUCGAAUUUGAUCGAACCGGCGGCGAGUUCUGCUGAUGAUACUGCCAGCUUUGAAUGCCUAUCAGAGUUUGAUUUUGAUGUGUUGAGAGUCUUAUUCUCAGAUUCAUCAAUUGAGGAGAUUUUGAAUUGUGAAGAAGCAAUUUGCAACCCUUUGAAUAAUGGUUCUAGUUCUGUUUUGGAGUUAUCAUCAGAAAACAAUAAAAUGGAGAUGAUGGAGAACAUUUCAAUUCCAAUGAACUUCACAAAAAAUCUUGCUUGGUUUGAGGCUAGAAACAACUUGACCCAGCCGGUUCCGGAUUCGGACACAACAAACAAAAUCAAGAGAAAGAAAGUGCAGCUAGGCUUGGUUAUGGAUGAUAGUCAUAGCAUUAAGCUUGGGGAGACCAUUCUUUUGCCGCCUCGGAAGAAAGAGGAGCGGAAAAAACUUAGCAAGAAGAAGGACAAGGCAGGGGAGGGUAGUCGGCCGCGGCCGAAAGAUCGCCAGAGGAUUCAAGACUGCAUUCAACAAUUGAGAACAAUCAUCCCUGGCAAGGAUGUUAAAGAGUGUAGCAUUGAUAAUUUGUUAGAGUGCUCCAUCAGAUACAUGAGUUUCUUGUCAAGCACUGCACAUUAUGCAAACAAGCUACAAGAACCAGAUAAGCCUAAGGCAAAUGGAGUGGUUCUACAAGAGAGUAGUGUGGAAGGUAGCAAACAUUGUGGAACAUGGUCAUUUGAAGAGCCACAUCAAACAUUGUUAUGCCCAAUUAUAGUUGAGGACAUGUCUCAUCCUGGCCAAAUGCUUAUAGAGUUGCUUUGUGAGGAGGAAGGGUUCUCUCUUGAGAUGGUUGACACAAUUAAGGGUCUUGGUUUAAAUAUACUGAAAGCAAAGAUGGAAACAAGGAAUAAAAAACUAUGGGCACGCUUUAUUGUUGAGGCCAAUAGACAUGUUACAAAAAUAGAUGUGUUUUGGUCCCUUCUCCAUCUUGUAGAGCAGAAAAACUCCUCAGGAACUGGAAUGGAUUCAUCAACUAAUAAUAACAAGUAUUGCAAUGUAAUGAAUGAUAGCAGUGUUUCAAGAUUGGACAAACAACAACAAGAGAAAGAGAGUUGCAACUUUUUUAUGUCCAUGACAGAGGCACUAAGCUUCAGUGGUUGA